GGAAGUAAAUAAACGUAACUGUCAUGGCCGCUCGCUCUGUUGUUUGUAAGUGCGUUUAGCUCGUCAUCCUGUGAAAUUUGUUUUUCCAUUUUUAUUUUCAGCGUAUGACGGCUAAGAAACAGCAUUUCAAAGUAACUUUCCGAAUUAUCAUCUACACUGUUGCAGCUGUUUAAAAAUAGAAGAAGAGGCAGCUUUUCAAUAUGAGGACUGUUUUGAUGGUGGCGGAGAAACCAUCGCUCGCUCAGUCCAUUGCCAAAAUCCUUUCCAAAGGGAAUUGUACAAGUCGCAAGGGGCUCAAUGGCGCCUGCUCCGUGCACGACUACACUGGCAGUUUCCAGGGUCAGACUGUCCGCUUCAAAAUGACCUCUGUCUGUGGUCAUGUGAUGAGUCUGGAUUUCAUUGGAAAGUAUAACAACUGGGACAAAGUGGACCCUGCAGAACUGUUUAGCAAAGCUCCCACAGAAAAGAAGGAGGCCAACUCAAAACUUAACAUGGUUAAGUUUCUACAGGUCGAAGCCAGAGGCUGUGACUAUGUGGUUUUAUGGCUGGACUGUGAUAAAGAAGGGGAAAAUAUCUGUUUCGAGGUACUGGAUGCUGUCCAACCAGUAAUGAACAAGGGAAACCCCAGGGAGCAGACUGUGUACCGAGCCAAAUUCAGCUCCAUCACAGACACUGACAUUUGGAAUGCUAUGAACUCCUUGGGAGAACCCAACCACAACGAAGCGUUGUCAGUAGACGCACGGCAGGAGCUGGACCUCCGCAUUGGCUGUGCCUUCACCAGGUUCCAGACCAAGUACUUUCAGGGCAAGUACGGUAAUUUAGACUCUUCCUUAAUCUCAUUUGGACCAUGUCAGACCCCGACACUAGGUUUCUGUGUGGAACGUCAUGACAAGAUCCAGUCUUUUAAACCAGAAACCUACUGGAUCAUCCAGGCUAAGGUGUUUAAGGGAAAGGACAUCACACUAACACUGGACUGGAACAGAGUCAGGGUCUUUGACAAGGAGGUUGGUCAGAUGUUUGUAAACCUGGCCAAGACAUCAAGGGAAGCCCAGGUGGAGUCAGUGAGUAAGAAAGAGAAGGUCAAACAGAGACCCCAGGCCUUGAACACAGUGGAGAUGUUGAGAGUCGCCAGCUCUGCUUUAGGCAUGGGCCCUCAACACACCAUGCAGAUUGCAGAGCGUCUCUACACUCAGGGAUACAUCAGCUACCCUCGUACUGAGACCACCCACUAUCCUGAGAACUUCGAUCUAAAAGGAACUCUGAAGCAGCAGACCAACAAUCCAUAUUGGUCAGAAGAGGUGAGGACUCUGCUUUCAACCGGAAUAAACCGACCCAGGAAAGGAAAUGAUGCAGGAGAUCAUCCACCCAUCACUCCAAUGCGUGCUGCCUCAGAGGGGGAACUGGGCAGUGAUGGUUGGCGUCUGUACGAAUACAUCACACGGCAUUUCAUCGCUACUGUCAGUCAAGACUGCAAGUACCUACAGACCACAAUAGACUUCAACAUUGGCACUGAGGCCUUUUCAUGUAGUGGAAAAACCCUGAUCUCACCAGGUUACACAACAGUGAUGAAUUGGCAGGGCAUCCCUCUGGAAGAAGCCAUGCCUAACUGUGACCGUGGGGAUUCCUUUAUAGUAGAGGAGAUCAAAUUGAUAGAAAAGCAGACCAACCCUCCAGACUACCUGACUGAGGCCGAACUCAUCACACUUAUGGAGAAGCAUGGCAUUGGUACUGAUGCCAGCAUUCCUGUCCACAUCAACAACAUCUGCCAGAGGAACUAUGUUACGAUAGAGAGUGGACGCAAGUUAAAGCCAACAAAUCUUGGCAUAGUCCUUGUGCAUGGCUACUACAAAAUAGAUGCUGAGCUGGUUUUACCCACCAUACGCAGCGCUUUAGAGAAACAACUGAAUCUUAUUGCUCAGGGUAAAGCAAACUUCCAGCAGGUCCUGCAACAUACACUGGAAAUCUUCAAGAGGAAAUUUCACUAUUUUGUGGAUUCUAUCACUGGUAUGGACGAGUUAAUGGAAGUCUCCUUUUCUCCCAUUGCUGCCACGGGAAAGCCUCUGUCUCGCUGCGGCAAAUGCCACCGCUACAUGAAGUACAUUCAGGCUAAGCCCAGCAGGCUCCACUGCUCCCACUGUGAUGAGACCUACAGCCUUCCCCAGAAUGGAGCCAUCAAGCUGUACAAGGAGCUUCGCUGUCCACUGGAUGAAUUUGAGCUUGUGCUGUGGACCUCUGGGGCCCGGGGCAAGAGCUACCCUCUGUGCCCUUACUGCUACAGCAACCCACCUUUCAGGGACAUGAAAAAAGGUAUGGGAUGCAAUGAGUGCACCCACCCAUCCUGUCAACACUCUCUCAACUCUUUGGGCAUUGGGCAAUGUGUGGAGUGUGAUUCAGGGGUUUUGGUACUGGACCCAACCUCAGGACCAAAAUGGAGGAUGGCCUGUAAUAAAUGCAAUGUGCUGGUGCACUUCUUUGAACAUGCACAUAGAGUGCAGGUUGCUCCAGACAGCUGUGAAAUCUGCGAUGCAUCUCUGGUUGCAGUUGAUUUCAACAAGUCUCGUACACCACUUCCUGCUGGGGAAACACAACACACAGGUUGCGUGUUUUGUGAUUCAAUUUUCCAGGACCUGGUGGAACUUAAACAUGCCACAAUGAGACACCGAGGUGGGGGCGCAAGGCGGGGGGGAGGCCGAGGCCGAGGGCGAGGACGCCGUGGCAAUCCUAAAAAGCCCAAGGACAAAAUGGCUGCCCUCGCAGCUUACUUUGUAUAGUCCCUCUCUUUUUCUUAGAUGUCUUUUCUUAGUUUUACACCAUAAAUACAUCAAUAUUAGUAUAAAAAACAAAGAAACUUUGUUUUCAUGUUUUUAUUUCAAACUAAGUAAAAGAUACACUAAGAAUAAACUGUAUGAGCUUGUUUGUUCAUCUGUCAUCUACCAUCUGUCUCUUUGAUAGUGACAUUGUUGCAUUCAGUACAUUAAAGCAGGUCACAUUAUUAUCUUAUAAUACUUCCCUUUCAAUUUUUGUUUGUAAUUUUCAGUUAUACAUUUCCCCUUUCACACAUUAUCAUCCAUUUCACAGUUCCUGCACUCUUAGUGACUGGACUUGGUAUUUGAACACAUCCAUUCUUCCUACUGUCUCUUUCCCCUGUAGCUACACAAGUACACUCUCUGACUCCUAUCAACCUCUAUUACUCGUUGCUAUGAAGCAAACACCUACCAUGAACCCAUCUUUCCAUCCAGCUACACAACUAUCUAAUCUUUUAACACUAUCACUCUCAUUGUUUAUUGACUUUAAUAAUAGUAAGUCUACUUCCAAAAUAGUGGUCUUUAUAUAAAUUGUUCUGUCCAUUUGUUAUACAGUCUGUGAGGAGCACACAGGCAAUAUACAGUAAUAAUAAUAAAAGUAUUUGGUUUGCCUGCUGUGCACUAUUGUAAAAACUGAGGUGAUCCAACAUACUUCCCCUACACAUGAGCCUCACCCUUAAUUUCAACGGAAAUA